AUGUAUCAAGAUUUUAGGCAGUGUUACCGGAGGAGAAGAAUGAAGAAAGAUAUAGUGGAUUAUGUUGCUCGGUGCAUAAACUGUCAGCAGGUGAAGUACGAGUAUCUGAGGCCAAAUAGUUUUCUUCAGAAACUUGAUAUUCUAGAGUGGAAAUGGGAGCGUAUUACCAUGGAUUUCAUGGUUCGGCUCCCACGAACCUUCAAGAAAAAUGACGCAGUAUGGGUUAUCGUGGAUAGACUAACCAAGGAGACUAGGUUAUUUGGCACUGAUUUGGUUUGGGAUGCCUUGGAGAAAGUCAAGUUGAUUAAGGAUCAACAUCGUACAACACAGUCUAGGCAGAAGAGUUAUGCUGAUCGGAGGGCUUGUGAUGUAGUAUUUAUGAUGGGAGAGAGGGUUUUGUUUAGAGUUUCGCUCAUGAAGCGUGUGACGAUAUUCGAGACGAAGGGCAAGUUGAGCCCUAGGUAUAUAGGUCCUUUUGAUGUCCUUAAGAGAGUUGGUGAGGUGGCCUACAGGGUUGCAUUGCCAUCCUUCUUAUCGGCAGUUCAUCCGGUGUUCCAUAUUUCCAUACUCUGGAAGUAUUACGGUGAUCUGUCAUAUGUAUUAGAUUUCAGCUCAGCCUAA